CUAUGGUAAGGACUAUUAUUAUUUUUUCUGUCACAACAGCAUGAAGACAAGAUCAAAGGACGCCAUUUUAACCUUCACAGACAUUUGUUGGACCUUGAAAGAAAAAGUUAUUCUAACAAACAUCAAUGGGGAAGCCAAAAAUGGACAGAUUUUGGCCAUCAUGGGUCCAACAGGAUCAGGAAAAACGUCUCUUCUUAAUAUUUUGGCGGGAAAUGUUACACAGAAAUCAGGAACGAUUACUCUUAAUGGGGACCCCUUUACAAAGCUUCAGCGGCGGAAACUUGGAUAUGUUCUACAGAGUGAUAUAUUCCUGUCAAGACUCACACUAUGGGAAACUCUCUUUUUUACCGCCAUGAUACGGCUUCCUGAUCACGUGACAAAAACGGAUAAGAUGGCACGAAUGGAUGAAAUUAUAGACGCACUGCACCUGCGCGGAUGUUUGGACACUGUGAUUGGAGACUUCAUGUUACCCGGACUAAGCGGAGGAGAGAAGAAGCGUGCAAACAUUGCAUGUGAACUUCUUACGGAUCCCAACAUUAUGUUGAUAGACGAGCCCACUUCCGGUCUGGACUCCAGUACUGCGCAUGUGUUAAUGAAAGAACUUCAGGAGUUUGCCUCACAGUAUAAUAAGACUAUUUUGACAACUAUUCAUCAGCCAUCCAGUCAGAUCUUUCACAUGUUUUCGUCUCUUCUACUGCUUGUUAAGGGGCGCCCUGCUUACUUUGGUGAUGCUAACAAAGCGCUCCAGUAUUUCAGUGGGCUUGGCUUAAACUUCCCUGACCAUUACAAUCCAUCUGAUAUUUUGCUGGAUUUGCUGACCACAAAUCCGGAAGUCGUAAAUAAAAUUCUUCAAGCAUCAGAGAAAGCAAAUAAUUUUAGGGUGAAGGUUGAAAGCGCAGAAUUCUGCAAUGGUGAGGAGUCGGCAAUUAAUGGUGACGUCACCUCAAAAACAGCAUUGUCAUUUACAAACGUAGAGGCCACUGAAUCAUCAAAUGGUCAUGUUAUUUCUCUUGGAUACCACAAAAAAGAUCCCACAGAAAUUGUUCUUGAUGUCUCGUCUGUUGAACACGUUGCUAUACACAAUCCAAGACGCCCUCUUAACAGAAAGUGGGCAACCUCAUUUUGGACACAAUUGCGCAUGUUGUGUUGGAGAAAUGCCAAGCAAUCAAAAUGGCGGAUUUUUGACGUUUGUAGGGUUGCGCAAGCUCUAAUUAUUGGCGCAACUGUUUGUAUUGUAUAUUACCAGAUACCAAACUCUAACGACACACUUCGAGACAGGAUGGGGGCGGUUUUUAUUCCAGUGAUAUUUUGGGGGUUGGCCAUGAUGAAUGAUGCUGUUUCCAGCUUUAUUGGAGAACGAGAAGUUGUGAGAAAGGAAAGAAAAGCAGGUGCCUACCGCCUUUCUGCCUAUUACAUGGCUAAGAUGUUUAGUGAACUACAUAUGAUGAUUGUGGUACCCAUUGUCCAGCUUACGGCUAUAUACUGGUUUGUAGGGAUGGGUGGACCGGUACAGUUCCUUACUUUUAUAGGAAUAAACCUUCUGAAUUGUUUUAUCACUCAGAGCAUAGGGUACAUCAUUGGAGCCUGCGUCCGAACAAUAAAGUACAGUUUAAAAACUGCCAGCACUGUUACGAUGGUAUUCAUGAUAUUAGGUGGCUUUUUUAACACAUCUUUCCCCACAUGGUUUACUUGGGCUAAGUAUUUUUCAGUCCUUCAUUAUCCCUUUGCAGCCACUGUGACUAUUUUCUUUGGAGAUAUAGAACCCUUCAGGUGUGGAAAUUCUCAAAUAUUCAUAAAGUGCCAAAAUGAAACGGAGCUAAUCACAGGAAGUGAAUUGUUACACAGCGUAGGAAUAGAUCUUCCUGUUUAUUGUUGUAUUGGGACGAUGGUGGUCUUGCUUAUAGUGUUCCGUAUUCUGGGAUAUUAUGCCAUUAAAUACAGAUUGUAGACAUAUUAGCCAAAUAUUGGAACAAACUAAUUUUAAUGUUGUAUUUUUAACUAUUUCGUAGUGGAUACCCUUCGAGGACUUGGAAGGAUAAACGAGACUACGUGAUUGAUAUGACCUCAUAUUUAAAUGACCAAAUGAAAAAGGUAAAGAUAACGAACAGUGAUCGAUUUCAAAAAAUCUACAAGCAAUACAAAACUGUGAAAAGGGAAUAAAACAACCGGAAAUUCUAGAGGUGAGAUCAGGUGCCUAAGAGGAGUAACCAUCCACUGCUGACGGCUCAUGCCCUCCGUGAGCCCUAUGUAUUGAUCAGGUAGACGGGACAUUCCCUACCAAAAUUAGCAUAGAAACAAAGGCCCUACAAUCAGUAAGAACCACGUCAGCCAAAAUAGGACGCAAUGAUAGUUUAUAUUUACUAACACAGUCAUUAUCACGACCAUAGACUUUACAGAAUACUAACUUUAAACGAGUUUGUUAAGUCCCUGUAACAUCAACUUAUCUGUCGGUAGCCUGUUAAAAAAUUGAACGUACUCAGAGCAUGCUCUUGAGUAUUGAAUAAGUUGGGAAACGUGAACACUAUAUGCAGCUGAUAGCGGAAUUUUAUUUACAUAAAAACGAAAGUCGACAAUGGAAAAGCUGAAGUAGUCUCGUUUGUCAUAAAAUUUAGUUUUUAGCUGACCCUUACCGUCAAUUGUCAGUAAUAUAUUAUAAAGUUUUC